AAAGUGUAAUGGUUGGCCUCAAAUUAAUUAAAUAAAUUAUUUAAUGGCGUCGAGUUCACUAAGCUCACACCGGUCCGGUACAUGGACCCAACAAGAGAACAAGCUAUUUGAGAAGGCAUUGGCCCGGUUCGACACUGAAACUCCUGACCGGUGGCAAAAUGUAGCCCGGGCUGUCGGAGGCGGGAAAACGGCGGAGGAGGUGAAGCGCCACUAUGAGAUUCUGAUAGAGGAUCUCUGUCGCAUCGAAUCCGGCUAUGUUCCCAUUCCUAAGUAUAAGAAAUCCUCCAAUUGAAUAAGAGAAAAGACUUCAAAGGAUGUGAAGGGGCACGUGAGUGCUAUAUACAUAUGAGAUUUUGCGGUGAAUCAAGAAAUUUUUUAAUUAACGCAGUAAUCGCGUUUUUUUUUCAAUUAAGGAAUUGUAAUAAUUUGGUAAGAAAUGCUAUACAGUUCUUAAUUGUAAUUUUCACGCUUUUCAAAUUAAAUAGUAGUACGCCUUUACUUUUA